CCCAUAUAAAUUAAUUUUAAGUGCUACGAAACAAAAACUGUAACUUGUAAAAUAAUUCAACCAUAAUUUUGUUAAAAUUUGUAAUCUGAAAGAGUAAAUUAAAUAACCUGUAUUAAAAUGCAAAAUGUAGUUAUUAACUUCCUACUUAUAAGGAGAUAUAUUUAUAUAUUGUAAAACAUGUUAUUUUGAGAACAUAUAAUUAUUUGUUUAGGUGUCAAUACAGAGGUAAAUCGCAAGCAGUGUGUGCAACAGUAUGCAGCCAAUGAUAAAUGCUUAACUCCGUUAGACCGUUCUUUAAGGAAUAUUAACAAUAUGCUUGAUUGGAUUAAACAAAAAAAGCGAUUGUUGCUCAAUGAGUUUCACACAAACCAUCACCAUCAACCCAUUAACAAUACUCAAUUAACAACUAAUGCUGAAACACUUAACAUUAGUCCUUUAGAAGAAAAUUGCAAAAAUCAUGCUGGAUUGCCAAACUCAUUUUACAACAGUGCCCUGAAGACACUAGAGGAAUAUGUAAGAAAUAAAAAAUACAAAGAGAGUAAAUCAAACAAUAAUAACACUUGGAUCAAUAUUGAAUUGAUGAGUUAUAUAUGUAAUUUAUUAAAAAUGUCACCAAAAGAAAUAGAAAAUCUACCAGUAUCAUCUACUACCAACUCGAGCGUUCAUUUAGAACAAAGUAUUUUGGAAAUGUCAAAGGCUAAUUUGGAAUAUCACAAUGACAUUUUAAAUUACAUAUCCAAGUGCUUAGACAGUAACAUGUCAGACAUAAAUCCAGACCGGGCUUUUAGUAAGCCUCAGUACAUCGGCUUAUUGGAACAGUUGAAUAAACUGGCCGAUUACUAUGCAGAAAAGGCUCAAGAAAUGCGGAAUAUUUGCUUGGAGUCUCCUAGGGUCAAGAUUAAUGCAUCUGACAUAGAUGCUGUUGAACAGAGUUCAGAUAAAAAACAUGGGGAUCGAAAAUCAUCCUGUAGCUUGUCUUCAGAGUUGUCUGCUGACGGUGCAUAUGUGUUGGACCAUUUAAAUACAUUGUUGGAAAAUAGAGGGUUGAUACAAGCAGAUAAUGAAUGGCCUAUGUUUGGCAAUGAUGACGAAGAUGACAGCAGGAGCUUAACUGAUCAGCUCUUAGACGUGAAACCCAGGAUCAAUAAAAAAGAUGGCCCAAACUUAAAUGAUGUUAAUAGUAAUGAAAAAGGUAAAAUAAAAAUCAGUUAACGUCUUUACAUAACACAAAAAAACAAUAUACGUUUUUUUAUUAUUAUUACAUUUAUAUAGGAUUUUAAUGAAUGGAAACUGGACUUUUUAUGUUGUAAAACUUGGCUGUGGAUUUUAGUUUUUAACCAAUAUUCUUAAUUGGUAGUUUCCGUAUAAGGUAUUUAAUGUUUUAUUUAAGUCCUGUUUGUAUACAUUAAAUGCUCUUUCAGAUUCACAAACUUUAAACAAUUUAUAUUAAUUUUUAACCUAGCAGUUAGCAGUUAUUACAUUAAUUGUAUAUAGAUGUUAAUUAAUCAUAUUAUUAACAAAAAAGUAUUGAACUAUAUUA